GUCCGUCUCUCUGUGAGCAGGAGCGUCAGGCAGGGAUGGGGUCUGGCGGUGUUUUCGUCCCGUCCUGUGAACCUGGGGGGUCGUUCAGGUCCAAGCAGUGCCAGCAGGGGGGGCAGUGCUGGUGUGUGGACCCCACAGGGAGGGAGGUUCCUGGGACCCGACAGAUGGGAGACUCUCUUGUCUGCGGGUCUGGUUCUGCUGACUGUCCCUCUCGGCGCCGUCUGGCUCUGUCCCGGCUCUUCUCCGGUUCUGUUGGUCCUGUUUCCGAGGCGUCCUCUGGACCUGCAGCUUCCUGUCUCUCCCUCCUCCGUCCUCUCAGGGACCUCCUCCCGGAGGAGGCGGAUCCGACCUCCUUCCUGUCUCUGCUGAUCGAAGUCCUUCAUGGUACCUUCCCCUCAGUGGGCGGAGCUCUGGAGGCUCUGACCCGCUCUCCGCCUGCUCGUCUCCAGGAGAACCUGUUCGGAGGGAAGUUCCUGAAGAGCGCAGCAGCGUUUAACUUCAGCGGGGUGGUGGGGGGUCUGGGUCCAGACCAGCUGUCCCCUCUGCAGCGGUACCAGAACCUGGUCCGGUCUGUCAGCAGAGCCCUGGAGGACCCCACCUUCCUGUCCGCCCUCCAACAAACCCUGAAGAGUCUCAGCAGCCCCUCGUCUGCACCGCUGGACCAGGUUCUGACUCCUCUCCUGCGCUCCUGCUCCGAUGAAGAGGAGGACUCCUCCUUCUUCCUCCCUCGCUGCACGCCCAGCGGCGCUUUCCAGGAGGUCCAGUGCCAGGGUCCCGAGUGUUGGUGCGUGGACUACGAGGGACAGGAAGUGCUCGGGUCUCGCACCGUCGGCCGUCCCUCCCGCUGUCCGUCCCCCUGCGAGCGAGCGCUGAUCACGGCCACGAAGAAGAGAUCCAACAUGGCCGCCGGGGCAGAGCUCCACCUCCCGGUGUGCUCGGAGGGCGGAGACUUCCUGCCGCUGCAGUGCGCCGGCUCCCGCUGCUUCUGCGUGGACGCUGACGGGAACCCCACGACGGAGCCGACAGAGGGCGCCGUCACGUGUCCAGAGAAGAAGAACCUGAAGCCUGGAUCAUCUGCAGGUCUCUGCUCCCAGGCGCUCUCUGAGGUCACAGCCUUCACACAGGAGCUGAAGAGCAUCGUCGCUCUCUCUAACUCCUCCCACAUCCCUUUGGGAUAUGGCUUCCUAUUGGCUGAAGGUCUGAGCCUGACGCCUGAGGAGCUGCAGAUCAGCCAAUCAGAGGAGGAGAUGCAGAUCUCUGACAGGCUGCUGAGUCGGACCAGAUCUGCGCUGCGAUUGGCUGCUUUCUCCACGGUGAAGAUGCUGACUCCUCCUCAUCGUCGCUCCUACAGGCUGUUUGUGCCUCAGUGUGAGGCUGAUGGAAGCUGGAAACUGGUCCAGUGUUCCUACAGCACAGGUCCCAGCUGGUGUGAGCUUCAGGGUCUUGAGUGUCGUCCUGACGGCGCCUUCGCACCGCUGCAGUGUGAUGUCACUUCCUGCUGGUGUGUGUAUGAAGACGGACAGGAAGUGGGCGGGACACGAACGGCUCGGCAGACGGGACGCACGCCGUCAUGUGACCGUCCUCUAUGCCCCGCCCCCUCCAUUACCCAUGGUGCACUGGUGUGCCGCCCUGCAGCUGACGGGCGUCAGAGCUGUGAACUCGUCUGUUACCGUGGUUACCAGAACUCACUUCCUGUCAGCAGCUUCCUGUGUGAGACUGGGAGUGGUCAAUGGGGCGGAGACAACAAGCCGUUGGGCGGAGCCUGUCAGAGCUCUCAGCCCCUGCAGACGGUCUGGUCCUCUCAGAUCUGGAUGUUGUCGUCCUCCUGCUCUCAGAUCAGCACCUUACAGUCGUUGCUGUUCAGCCUGAUGACCAGCAGGGGGCUCUGCUCUGCUCAGUUUUCCUCCUCCGGACGCUCAGUGUCUCUGUGUGACGACUCGUCUGUGGGUCUGCGGUGCGACGGCGCCUCUGUGAGGUUAACGCUCCGAUGGACCGCCGCUCUGUCUGACCUGCCCACCUCUGAGCUCCCUGACCUCCAUGAUGUUGCUCUGUUCCUGAACGAGUCCAGACUCCUGGACGGGGUCCAGGACCUCCUGGGUGACCUCCGCUCUGCUCUGACCUCUGAACCCAAACUGGUUUACAUGACAACCCCCAGCUUCGGCUGUUCCAGAGGUUUCCACCUGAACAGUGAUGGUGAAGGCUGCCUCCUUUGUCCCGCCGGCAGUUUCUCCCAGGAGGGGGCAUGUCUUCUCUGUCCUCAGGGAACCUAUCAGGAAGAGGAGGGGCGGGACUUCUGCAACAAGUGUCCCAGAGGCUCCUCCCCUGCUGGAGCAUCAUCUGUCAAUCAAUGUGAGACAGACUGUCAGAGGCGGAGCCUGAGGUGUUCAGAGCGAGGCGACUUCCUGCCGGUGCAGUCUGACCUCCAGUCCAACAGAUGGAGUUGUUUCAGCAUCGAGGGGGCGGAGCUUGAAUGGACCACCAGUGAAAAGCCUCUAACGGAUGACGAGUGCACAGUUCUCAGCAGAUUCCAGACUGUUCCUGGAUCAGACCUGGUCCUGGGGGCCCAGAACACUGAAGUCCUGCAGACUCUGACCUCUGACCUCACAGCCUGCGUCCAAGAGUGUGCAGCGGAGCCGUCCUGCCACCAUGUGGCGCUGUUCAACACACAGUGUGAACUCUACAGCACAAACACACAAAACACUGUGUGCAGGACCUCACAGCAGACCAGUGGGUUUAUGGGUAAUCCUCAGGCUGAGUCCUUCGAUCAGCUGACCUGCUCUCUGAGAGUGAGGGGCGGAGCUUCAGACCUGCUGGUCCUCAGGAAGAAAGGGGCGGAGUUUUCAGUGCAGCGGACGCAGCAGCAGAGCUUUGUGAGGCUGACGAUGACCAGGGCGGUCUCAGGUGUGUUCAGGACUCAGGUGUUCUCCUCCAGGCGGACAUCUCUGACCGACGCCCACCGCUUCUGUCAGGACGGCUGCAGCCGUGACGCCUGCUGCGACGGCUUCAUCCUGAACCACAACACGGUGAACGGAGGCUCUCUGCUCUGUGGUUGGCUCAGAGCGCCGUCUGUGCUGAUGUGUGACGAACAGGACUGGGAUGUGAUAGGACAAGGACCAGCCAAUCGAAGCUGUGGGGCGGGGCUUACCUACAACAAAGAGCUGUCGGAGUUUGUGUUGAACUUUGGAGGAGAGACGUUUACGUUUGCUGAGUCAGCUGUGCCAAACGACAGAAAGAAUGAAGACUACCAGGCGUCCAUCAUCAGAUUCAACACCAUCUACCUGAACACAGAUCCAGCUGGUGGUUCUGGUUCUGGUUCUGGCUCCUGCUCCUCUUCAGAGACUGCUCCUCUGACAGCUUCGGAUCAGAACAACUUUGAGUCUCUGUCCAACGAGGACGUCCUGGUGGACCCUCAGAGGAGACCUCCUGCUCUGUCCUUCUGGCUCAACAAGAAGAACUACAACUCCCAGCAGGCCCUGCAGUGGUGCCUCUCACGCUGUGAGGAAGAGGAGCGGUGUUCUGUCGCUGACCUCAGAGACGCAGAGUCCGAUGGGUUCCUCAGCUGCUCCUUGUACCCGGACACCGGGCUCUGCGGGGCCUUCGACAGCGAGCUGGGCCGGUCCUGCAGCCCCGUGCUGCACAGAGCGCCUGACAGGACCUACAGGAAGAAGGUGGACCUGAGAGGACCGGUGAAGACCUUCUAUGAGCCGGUUCCCUUCCAGAAACUGCUUUCUCCUUCCAUUAGAAGCUGGACCACCAUGAAGGACAACACCAGGCUGUCGGAGGGGUUCACAGUGUGUGAGCGUCUCUGUGACCAGGAUCCUUGUUGUCGUGGUUUUGGUUUCGUUCGUUACAUCAGAACCUCCGAGGUGGUGUGUCUGCCUCUGACCAGCUUCGGGCUUCAGACGUGCAGUGAAGACGACAUGACCACCUGGAGGACUCAGGACUGCAGAACCUCUGAGCUGGACUCUAAACCAGAACCGUUCGGCUGGUACCAGAAACCAGUGGAUCAGUGGACUCUGUCUCCUGGUCUCUGUCCUCCGUCCAGCCUGCCGGACCUUCAAACCAAAGUGUCGAUGGACGAGUGGCACAGCGUCCCAGACUCUGCGGUUCUGGUCGACCCGACUCUCUCUACGUAUGAUGUCAUCCACGUGAGCCGGGACCUGGCCUCGGACCAGAACAGAACCAGAGCCUGGUGUCUGAACGCCUGCCAGGAGGCGGAGUCUUGUGUCGCCGUGUCACUCAGAGAGACGAGGUCCGCCACCCGCUGCGUCCUCUACCCCGACACGGUCGUCUGCGGGCUGAGCUCCUCCCCCAGCUCCUCCAGCCCCGCCUCCUCCUGCCGACUGGUCCUCAAAGAGCCCGCCUCCCGAGUCUACCAGCGCACAGGACCGAUGGCCCCGCCCACGUCCCUGUCCAUACCGGGUCACGGGUCUCUGCAGGGCGCUGCCGUGGACACAGUCGUAGGGUCAGAGACGAGGACGGUGGUUCAGUUCCUCGGAGUCCCGUACGCCCGUCCACCGAUCGGACCGCUCCGCUUCGAGGCGGCGCAGCCGGCCGAUUGGACCGGGACCUGGGAGGCCCUGAGACCCCGUCCCAGCUGUGUCCAGCCUGGGGACAUGGAGACAUCAGCCUCCAGCGAGGACUGUCUCUACCUGAACGUCUUCGCUCCGGCAGCCCAGAGAGCACCUGUCCCCGUCCUCCUGUACUUCUUCAACCCCACGGCCAAUCAGAACCCAGGACUGCUGGACGGCUCCGCCCUCGCUGCUCUGGGAAACAUGGUGGUGGUAACGGCCAGCUACCGCACGGCGGCGCUGGGCUUCCUGAGGACAGGUGAUCUCCGUGGGAACUACGGCCUGUCAGACCAGGAGGCGGCGCUCCGUUGGGUCAACGCCCACAUAUCCCUGGUGGGCGGGGACAAGAAGAGGGUGACGGUGGGGGCGGAGCGUAGCGGCGCCGACCUCAACAGCCUUCAUCUCCUCUCCUCCUCUUCCUCCCUGUUCCAGAGGAUGAUUCUGAUGGGCGGGUCCAUCUUCUCUCCGUCUCUGGUCCAGUCGGACUCGUCCUCCAGGAGUCAGGUCUUGGACCUGGCCCGGGAGCUGGGCUGCGUCACCUCUGACCUCAGCGACGGCGCCGACAUGGUUUCCUGCCUCAGGUCGGCCCCGGUCCAGCAGCUCAACGCCGCUCAGACUAAACUGCUGGCCGUCAGCGGCCCCUUCCAGACCUGGUCUCCGGUCCGUCAGUCUGUGUCUCAGGUGUCCUCCCUCCCUGGAGUGGACCUGCUGCUGGGGACCUCGGUGUACGACGGCCUGAUCAGCCGGGCCCGCAGGAUCAAGGACUUCGAGGCCCUGCAGGGCCGGGCCAACAGUAAGACGGCAUUCUACGCAGCUCUGAGCCGCUCGCUGGGUGGAGCCUCAGAAAACCAGCUGCUGAAGGAGGCGGCCAACUGGUUCUACUCCCUGGACCACAGCCCCACCCCCGCUGGGUACAACCUGUUCUCCAGAGCCCUGAACAACGCCACCAGGGAUCUCUUCAUCUUCUGUCCCACUCUGAAGAUGGCCGCCCACUGGGCCAACAGCAGCGCCAACGUCUUCCUGUACCACCAACCAGAGACCAGCGCCUACAACAGAGCUGAUUAUUCGGUUCCUCUGGACCUUCAGUUCAUGUUCGGGACUCCUCUUCAUCCAAUGAGCUUCCAGCGUUUCUCCUCCUCUGACCGCCGCCUGUCUCUGGCAGCGAUGACCUACGUCUCCAGCUUCGUUCGGACCGGGAACCCCAACCCGUCCCGAGCCUGGCCCGAGUCGGUCCUGCCCCGCUGGCAGCCGGUCCUUUCCUCUGAGGCUCCGCCCACCUACCUGGAGCUGAACUCCGCCCUCCAGCAUCAGCAGGGUCUGAGUCAGAACGCCUGCUCCUUCUGGACUCAACUGGGCCCAAGACUGACCACCAAGACCGGUGUGUCGGGGGCGGAGCCUGUCCAGUUAUCGGUGACCCUUGACCUGCCGGUGGAUUCACCAUCCAGCCAAUCAGAAGUGGGCUACAACUAGACGAUGACAUCACCGUACCUUCUUACCCAGAAUUCAGUUUGUUUGAUUAAAAAACAUGAUUAUGUUUGUUUUCAUCAAUAAAAGCAUCUAAAGUCA